AUGGAGCUCCUCGGGCGGGAGUCUGAAGGGGUGGCCUCCAUCGCGUGUAGUUCGGCGUCCACCACAUCCUUUGCCACCCUUUCAAGCCACGGCACGCUGACACUCUGGGACGUGCGCAUUCCAGGCAGGAAUUACAUGAAAUUUCGAAAUCCAAAUAGCGCCGCCGGCAUGGAGGCUUCUGAGCUGCGCUACCUGCACGACCGACACGCGGCUGUCGCACUGUGCGGCAAGACUGUCCAACUCUUUGACACGCGCAAGUGCAUCUCGUGUGUGUCUGAGUUUACUAGCGACAACGAGUGCGUCGCCUUCUUGAGAGACGAGCCACCGAUGGACUCUACUACGACGCUGAUUGUGGACGAGGAGGGCGGCAUGUUUGCAUACAACAUUGCGGACGGCACCCGGCCUCCCUACAUCGAGGCGUACGUCUUUGGUCAGCAGGAGCGCUCUCCCUUGCCAGAAUACAGCCGAUUCGGACGUCUAACAAACUACUGUAGCGGGUUGCACUGCGUUGAUCUUGCCCCUGGCGAAGGCGUCACCGGUACACGACUGCUCUUUGCUGUUGGAAUGGACGGCGCAGGCGCCCUCUACAGCGGGGCCGACGACGCGGAUUCUACACGAGUUGCGUUCUCAAUUGCGCAUGAGCCACCGAGCCCUGGCAAUGCCCAAAUGGUGAACCCGCCGCUCGUCAACUGCACCGCCAUCUGUGGUGCGCAAGUGGCCGUGGGGAGGGCAGACGGCAUGUACUCUGUCUACGAGAUUGAGCGGAGCGGGCUCGACGAGGCAAUGGCGUCUCCCGGCCACGCCAUCAACGGGCUGUGCUACGUGGACUGGGUGUCGCCGGAGGUGCUGCUGACAGCAUCGCUUUGCGGGGAGGUCACAGGAUGGGCUGUCGGCGCAUUCAUGGCGGGCAGUAGCGCGGGGGCGGAAGAGGAGGCGGAGGGGCCGGAGGUGGUGGCAGCUCUUGCGCAUCGAGAGGUACCCGGCUGCCAGCCAGCGACGGUUAACUGUGCUGACCGGCUUGCUGGCAUGCACUACAUCUUUGGUGAUCACCUAGGUGGCGUGACGUUGGCUCAGCUGGAUCUCUGA